AAGUUAAAUGUGGAUGCAGAUAGAAGAGAGUUGAACUGCGCAGAGAGUUCAGCUCAGUCGAAGCAGGAGCGAGGAGAGGGCAGAAAGCGGAGGGAUCCGCGGCGCUUCUAUUAUGCUCGAUUCGCUCACUAUUUGCCAGCCUAGCCGAUCGGAUCCAUGGUGAAGAGGAAGAAGACGUCGCCCGGCACCGAGGAACACGAGAAUGGCAUGAGCCCGGGCUCCAGGGAGGGGAUCGGGGUCGAUGGGCCGAGGAACCCGACCACGAAGCCCCACGACGAGGAGGAGAGCGAGGAGCAGGCGAGCGAGGAGCAGCGCAGUACAAAGGGAGACGACGGAGGGGAGAUUCUUAAUCCAUCAGCCCCGGCUCUCAGCCCCGGUUCGGCCCCGGUGCUCCCCGGCUCCCCUCCGCCAGCACCGAGCCGGACCGGGCCAGCCUCCAGCCCGCAGCCCCACACCUCCGCGGAGACCUCGGCUCCGUGUCACGACCAGCAUCAUUUCCUCCGGUCGAGCGUUCGACCUCCGAGCAAGCGCAUCCGGAAGGAUUCCAUCGGAUCAGCCAUCAAUGGACACGGCGUGGCCAAGUCGAAAGGCGCAGAGAAUGGCUCGUCCUCCCAGGGUGCAGUGGGGCAGUCGGGGCCGAUGGCCAGCUCCACAGGAGGAGUGUCCAAGGCCUCCAAGGGCCAAGGGUCUGCUGAGAAGGAGGAACAAGUUGGCAACCAGAAAAGGGCUCGUCGCCAGUGGGAGUCCUGGAGUGCUGAAGACAAGAACAGCUUUUUUGAAGGGCUCUAUGAGCAUGGAAAGGACUUUGAGGCAAUCCAGAACAACAUUGCAAUGAAGUACAAGAAGAGAGGGAAGCCAGUUAACAUGGUGAAGAACAAGGAGCAAGUCCGCCACUUUUACUACCGCACCUGGCACAAGAUCUCCAAACACAUCGACUUUGCCAACGUGUACUCCCGGGUGCUGAAGAAAUCCUCCCAGGAACUCUAUGGUCUCAUCUGCUACGCUGAGCUCCGCAAAAAAGUUGGAGGAUUAAUGGACGAUAAGAACGUGGCAAAGCUGAAUGAACUCAUCCAGCAAGGGGCUACCACCGUACGCUCCAAAGGGAGGAACUUGAGAAUUAAAGCCCCCAUGUGCCGUGCACUGAAGAAACUCUGCGACCCCGAUGGAGUGAGUGACGAAGAGGACCAGAAGCCAGUGCGUCUACCCCUGAAGGUGGCAGUAGAGCUCCAACCACGCAGUAACCAAUCCUGGGCCCGCGUUCAGAAUCUAGCCCACAACCCUCGCCUCAGGAUGGUGGUGGAGCUCCACAGGAAAGUUUCCAGUCUCAUUGACUAUCUGAAACAGAAGUGGGCGCACCAGGACCAGCGGAUCCUCAAGAGUAUCAUGGAGAGAGAGGCUUUGGAGGGCAGCCAGUCCAGCACAACGUCUCCUAGUAAAUCACAGCCUGAUGAACUUUUUCUUCUCCCCGCGGAGACCAGCACCCUGACCAUGAUGCCUGGUGUGGCCCGUGUGGUUCACUCCAAGGCCUCCUGCACCGUACACUGGCUGGAGAGUGGCAAGAACCGCCCUAAUUCCAAGGAAUUACCAACUGCUCAGAUCCUAGGCAUCCACACGGCUCCACCACCUCGGACUGGCACCAAAUUUGGACGAGGAAGUGGUUCCAUUGCUGCCACGGUCUCUGGUGCUGGUGCUUCAGUGACCGUAUUGGGCGAUACUCGUCGGACUGAUCCCCUUAGCCCUGAACCUUCACCAGAUAAUUCUGCAAAGGUAGAGGAGAAGAGACCUCUGUCUGUUUCUGUCACUGCUUCCUCUCCGCAGACUGUGGCUCCCAGGGAAGAGGAAACUGGGCUGGGGCUGUCUGAGGGGGGAAAGACCUGUGCUAGUGUGGAGGCCAGUGGUGGAUUAGCAGUGAUCACGGACAAGUUGUGUAGUGUUGUAGAGAGCUCAUCUGAGCAAUGCAACGAGGAGCAGAUCACCAGUGCUCCUUCCCCUGAGGCCAACCAGUCUCCUCUAGCCAAAAGUCCGAUGACUGGCUCAGAGGAAGGAGUGUUGCAGGGCUCUGCACCAGCAGCCAAAGAGCGGACCAUUGAGCAGAUCAGAGAGGAAGGCUGGAGUGCCCGUGACGCAGAGAACGUCACCCUGGCCGAGCUCUACUUGAUGUUCGGAAAACCUGGCAAGCUGCAGCUUGAAUACGAGUGGCAGCCUGUGGCAGCUCCUUCUAACAACCAGGAGAAUGGACAAGCCUUGGCUCAGGCCAAGCCCAACAAGACGAACCGUGUUUUGCGCUGCCUGCUCAAGCUGGUUACCACUGAGGUCAAUCCUAAACCUUUGGCACCGGAGCUGUGCUCCACUGCCACAUCACCGCUCAAGACCCUUCAAGAGGAGCAGAACCAGGCACUCACUCCUCCAGGAAAGGGGCUCGCAACAGGUGUGCGCAGCCCCAGCUGUGGCCGGCAGCAGGCGUCCGUCCGAGGGGCCCGGUUAAACCCGGCUAAUGCUGGAACCUCAGGUGGACGGAGCCUUCCCCGCUCUCUGCUGGGGUCGACAGCAGGCUGCGACUCUGAGGGGGGGGUGUUCGCGGUGCCCACCACGCUGCCCCCCAACAGCUCGCGCCACAACCGAAUGUUCUCCCCCAACAAGGAAGCAGAACUAGCCUUUAGACAGCAGCUGGACUCUAUCAAUAUGCAGUCAGAUCUUUUCCUUUCCAGACAGAGAAAACCUCGGAACAGGCAACUCCGCAAACCCCUCGUAGUUCAGCGGACACUGCUGCCUCGAACUACAGGGGACACUCCUCAGCACGUCUGCUCCUUCUCCAUCCUCUCCAACUCCUCUGCCACAGGAACUGGAUCUUUCCGGCCAAUCCAUACUCGCCUUGCUCCUCCCCCCCGCCCUCCCGUUUCCAAAGUCUCCCCCAGCUCUGCAGCAGCCAGCCAACUCUCCAGUGCCAUCGACCUGGCAGCCAAGUCUGCAGGCAUCAUCCCCGGCAGCCCCUGUCGGAAUCUGGAUUCUCCCUCUCUCGACAACGGCACUUUGCUCUCCACCGAACCCAUUACAGAAGAUGAACCAGACUCUCAGCUCCUCCAACAAAGCGUCCCAGAGAAUGGUUUGCCUCCACCAUCCCCUGGAGCGACUGGUGGGGGAGACUCACUCCUCUCUCCACCCAGUGUCUCCUCGCUCCUGGACAUCUCGCUCCCUGGGCCCCCCGAAGAGACUCUGGCCCCCGGAGGCCCUCAAUCGCACAUCAGUGACUCCAUCAUAGAGCUCGCCAUCAACUCUGGCCACUACGGUGGUGAGGAGUCAACUCUCUCUCCAGCCAAGCUGAGCAGCAACGACGGCUCCAAACUUUUGGCCUCUUCUCCCUCAGUCAGCCCGUCCCGAGGCUGGAUCCCAUCCCCCAGCCACGACCCCCAGUGGUACCCCAGCGACUCCUCUGACUCCGCACUGGGAUGCCUCCUCUCCAGUAUGGUGUCCCCGGAUAAAGGGAGGCGGACCACGCUCACCCCCUCCGGCCCCUCCAGUGGCACAGCUUUGCUUGGUCCUAGCCUCCUGGACUGCAACUCCCAUGAUUCCUUUCAGUCCCGGGGUCUUCCUGACGUGGCCGAGAUGGACUCUCAGCUUGCUUGUAUGAUGAGUGAAAGCAGCGUGGACUACAUCGCUCGCUUCAGCGACCUGGCUCAGGAGCUGGCUGUGACCGAGCGCUCCAUCCCGCCGCCCUGAGGAGGAGAGGACCACCACACCACGGCCAUCUGGAGGACAAGUCCCAGAGCGGCCCAGGAACGGGUCUCUCCCCGAUGGCAAGACUGUUGUUUCCUCUGUCGCUUCUACACUGUGGAAAAGGCAGUUGUGGAGAAAAGCUCAGCCCCUAUAAGCCAUCCCUGCCCCGUUUGUUUAAGUGCAAUAAUGACAGUGAACCUUGACCAUUGUUCAAAGUUAAAAAAAUGCAUUGGUUUCACUGGACUGUUCUUUAAGGUGAAAUGCCCUUUAAAAACAAACACUUAAGGAAAAACGAAAAAAAAACGCGUUUACAAAACACAACCUCAUGUACAGGAAGAUACAAUGCCAUAUCUGAACAAAAUAUUUCCACUGAUCUUACGUCUUCUCAUGAUCUUUGAGUGUGUGCAAGCGUUUGUGUGCGUGUGUGUGUGCAGUGUGUGUAUUUCUGUCAUCUUUUCUCUCAGAUCGCCCUCCAAAAUGUGUAAAUCCUCCAUAAUGUGCAGUUGAGGUCCCAGUCGGUGGCAAACAGCUGCCGGAAGGCGGUUUUUUUUGGAAAGUGUUGGCAGUGAGAAAACGCAAUGCGUUCAGUCGUCACGGCAGCAAAAGUGGAGCACGAAGACGCAAAGUCCUUGGCUCCUGCCCUACAUUUUACAUGCUCUUCAUCUCAGUCAGUUCAGGUAUCAUUGGUUAGACUCGAGGAGCAGAGCCUGCCGUGUUUGUUUGGAGUCAGGUUUUUUUUUCCGUUUAUUACAGCCACGUGCAAAAUGGCAGCUUCUGUCGCUUGGAUACGUUUUAUGGCAGCACUAAAGAUGUGAUCGUCUGCAGCUGCUUCCUUGAAUUUCUUUAUCUGAAUUUCUAGUGGAGUUUAAACUUUCAUUGCCCGAUGCCUCAUAACAUUUUCAUAGAUUUUAACGUUUUUCCAGAUUAUAACUAAGAAAACAGCCUUUAGGUUUGUUUGUUGUUCUUUAAGAAAUAACUUCAUUCUUCACUUAUUUUACUUUCAGCUGCGGUUUCUCUUUUUAACAUAAUGAUAUACUCAGACAUUGCAGUUUGAAUAACAUGGCGUUUGGACUCAGCUACAGAUUAAGUGACAGUGCUCAUUUGACUAUUUUGCCCAUAAAAUGAGCAACUGUAAUUUUCACUUUUAGAUUUUUGUUUUAAAUUGUAUUCAUUUUUAAAUUUCAAAUGUCUGACUGACGUUUCAGUUAAUAUUACACUCCAGAUGAAAUAAGAAGUAUAUUACGAAAUCAAACACUGAAGCUGUAGUUGACACUCCGCUCAUACUAAGUUAUAAAGUCACUAUUGAUUUUACAUUGUCUAUUGAUGAGUGUGGAUCCUGAACACUGGGCCAUCGUCGCUCUCACCUCAGGCCGCUCUGAACCUGAUGCUCUUUUCUUUGUUUGUUGUUCACAGAGACUACAAAUGUACCACGUUAACUCCAGACUCUGAAUUUCAAUUACCAGCAUCAUCGAUAUGCAGUAUUGAACACAUAUUGCCUCAUCAACCGGUUUUAACUUCGUCUCUGUUAGUGUGAAUUGUUGGGAGAAUUCUAGUCAUUCCACAAAUGGGAUUUAAAAAAAAUGUUGGUCUCUCCUUCAAGCUCCCUCCACGGUUUUGACUGACGCUUUAAAACCUGUCGUGGCGCUGAUUCGUUAGAGAUGUUUGAAAAAGGUUUCAUCUCCUCACACCAGAAGAGGAACGACGAAGGUGUUCUUCAUGAAGAAAUAAACAGCAGGUUUUGUCUUUGAAUCUGGCUUUUUGUUUUUGUUUCUGUUUUGUUUAAAGAUUUAUUUGUACAAAUGGCAAUUCCAGUAUUGACUGCGCUUUUGUAACAUAUUGUAAAUUGUUAUUUGGACUAUUUAUUGAAAACAUUUCUGAAAAUGUUUUCUCUUUAACUUAAUAUUAAGACGACGUCUAAAAAGGAAAAAACCUGUUGUUUAAAAUGUUCCGUUUGUAAAAGGUGUUUUUAUUCUCUGUAUAAAGAUAGUUAUA